AUGGAUGAUUGUCAGCGUGUUCGAGCUUAUCAAUGGGUCGCAAAUGCUGCAUUAUGUUUCUCAUUAGUUUCAGUGAUUGCAGUUUGUGUCAGUGUUCCUGGUGUGUAUUUAUAUACACUUCAUGUUAAGAAUUUGAUAUCAUCGGAAGUUGUGACGUGUGAGGUGAGUACGGUAGGAUACUGUGUAUUGGCGCGACAAUUUUUUGAAUAACAGUUUCUAAACUUUUUUUUCGAAUUUACAAUUUUAGAAAUUUACUUUAUAAAUCAUGAGAAUUCAUUAGCCAAAUUCAUCAGAAAUUUCCAAACCUCUUCAAAUUUUCAGCAUCACGCAAAAGAAAUCUGGAACGAGGUACGUGUGAUGAAACAACUUCCACUUUCAAAUCGAACUCUUCGAUUCCCACGUCAAGCCUAUAAAGAACAACCUGAAGGAGGAGCUGCUGGAAAUGCUGGAGAUGCAGCUCCAGCUGCUGGCUGCGGAGGUUGCUGUCCAGGUGGUCCGGGACCAAAUGGUCUACCAGGAACUCCUGGAAAACCUGGAAAGCCUGGAGCUCCAGGAAUGCCAGGUGCACCGGGAAAAUCGACAGUAUCUGCACCUUGCGAACCAACUUCGCCACCACCGUGUCGUGUUUGCCCGGUUGGUUUGCCUGGAGAACAAGGACCUCCAGGUCCAGCAGGAGAACCUGGACCAGCUGGACAAAGUGGUAGAAAUGGGCCGGAUGGAAAUAGUGGAGAACCUGGGCCAAAAGGACCUGCGGGACCACCGGGAAUCGAAGGACAACCAGGAAUCCCGGGAGAACCAGGAAAACCAGCACCACAAGAUGGAACACCAAUUCCUGGAGAUCCAGGACCGCCAGGAGAUGCUGGAGUACCAGGACCUGUUGGGCCACCAGGACUUGCUGGACCAGAUGGACUUCCAGGAAAUGCGGGAGCAAAAGGACCAAAUGGGCCAGACGGGCCACCAGGAGCCGAUGGAGGAAAAGGAGCUCCGGGACCACCGGGAGCUGCGGGAGGAGCGGGAGAAAAAGGAAUUUGCCCGAAAUAUUGUGCAUUGGAUGGUGGAGUUUUCUUCGAAGACGGAACACGAAGAUAA